AUGAGCCUUUUAGGGGUGGAGCACUACGCCCCACCGUCGCAGCGCGGCGUGCUCUACUUCAACACGAUCCCGCGCGAUAUGCGACCACAAGAGGUCCGACUGCACUUCAAUCAGUACGGCGAAGUUCGGCGCAUGAAGUUCAUUCCUUUCCCGAAGAAGGCGCGCCGCCCGGGCGGACCGCUUCUCCCACUGCAGUACAAGGAGGGCUGGAUGGAGUUCACUUCUGCUAGUGAUGCACAGCACGCGGCGCAGUGCAUGAAUGGCCAGCCGAUCGACGUGAAGCGGCAGCGCCGGUGCUACGGUCAGCUGUGGACAGUGCGCUUCAUGGAAGGGUUCACGUGGGACUCGUUGUUGGAGGAGGCGGAGGCGAAGCGGCGUGCUUGGCGAGCGGCCGAGGUGGAGGCGCGCAAAGAGGAGCGGUCAAUGAACGAGGCGUACCGGCGGAUGGCGAUGCAGGCAGAGCAGCAACGGAGGGCGAAGCGGCGCCAUCGCGAGGUGAGAGUGACCAGUCACAGCGAUGUAGAUGCACAUGACGAUGUAGGAAGGCCAUCGGUCGCUACAGACAACGGAGCUUCAUGUAUUUGCGGCGGUACAGGUCGUGGCGCGACAGCCAAUUCUGCUACCACGCCGAAGGUUCACUCGGCGAAGAAGUCCGAGCGCGACGCCACAAAGAAACUCAAGAAGCGCAGAGACGCGUAG